UGAAACCGCGCGCACCCAUCAAUCCAUCACCAGGCUAAUGCAUCAUGCAUGGAGGCAUAUAUGAUAGGUUGAUCCGCUCAAGCUCAAACCAACCGUACGUACGCAUCAUCGAUCGGCCGCCGAUCAUCAGGGUAGGGUAGUAAUGGAGGACACCACCCCCAAGGAGAUGGAGAUGGAGAUGGAGAUGGAGGAAGAGAAGGAGGCGGUGGCCGGCACGCUGGGACGCCACCUGGCCCGCCGCCUCGUGCAGGUGGGCGUCAGCGACGUCUUCGCCGUGCCCGGGGACUUCAACCUCACGCUGCUCGACCACCUCAUCGCCGAGCCGGGCCUCCGCCUCGUCGGCUGCUGCAACGAGCUCAACGCCGGCUACGCCGCCGACGGAUACGCGCGCGCGCGGGGCGUCGGCGCCUGCGCCGUCACCUUCACGGUCGGCGGCCUCAGCGUCCUCAACGCCAUCGCCGGCGCCUACAGCGAGAACCUGCCCGUCAUCUGCAUCGUGGGGGGCCCCAACUCCAACGACUACGGCACCAGCCGCAUCCUCCACCACACCAUCGGCCUCCCGGACUUCUCCCAGGAGCUGCGCUGCUUCCAGCCCCUCACCUGCUACCAGGCCGUCGUCAACAACCUCGACGACGCCCACGAGCAGAUCGACCGCGCCAUCUCCACCGCCAUCAGGGACAGCAAGCCCGUCUACAUCAGCGUCAGCUGCAACCUCCCCGCCGUCCCGCACCCCACCUUCUCCCGCGACCCCGUCCCCUACUUCCUCUCGCCCAGGCUCUCCAACCAGGCCAGCCUCCAGGCCGCGCUCCACGCCACCCUCGCCUUCCUCCACAAGGCCGUCAAGCCCGUCCUCGUCGCCGGCCCCAAGCUCCGCGUCGCCAAGGCGGCCGGGGCCUUCGCCGACCUCGCCGCCGCCAGCGGCUACGCGGUCGCCACCAUGCCGUCCGCCAAGGGCCUCGUGCCGGAGACGCUGCCGCGCUUCAUCGGCACCUACUGGGGCGCCGUCAGCACGGCCUUCUGCGCGGAGAUCGUCGAGUCGGCCGACGCCUACCUCUUCGCGGGGCCCAUCUUCAACGACUACAGCUCCGUGGGCUACUCGUGCCUCCUCAGGAAGGAGAAGGCGGUGGUGGUGCAGCCCGACCGCGUGACCGUCGGCGACGGCCCGGCGUUCGGCUGCGUGAUGAUGAAGGACUUCCUGUCGGAGCUGGCCAGGCGCGUCCGGAGCAACACGACGGCGCACGACAACUACAGGAGGAUCUUCGUGCCGGACGGGCAGCCGCCGGAGUGCGAGGCCGGGGAGCCGCUGCGCGUGAACGUGCUGUUCAAGCACAUCCAGAGGAUGGUGGCGGAGGGCGAGAGCGGGAUCGGGGCGGUGAUGGCGGAGACGGGCGACUCGUGGUUCAACUGCCAGAAGCUGCGGCUGCCCGAGGGGUGCGGCUACGAGUUCCAGAUGCAGUACGGGUCGAUCGGGUGGUCGGUGGGGGCGGUGCUGGGCUACGCGCAGGCCAUGCCGAAGAAGCGGGUGGUGGCGUGCAUCGGCGACGGCAGCUUCCAGGUGACGGCGCAGGACGUGUCGACGAUGCUGCGGUGCGGGCAGCGGAGCAUCAUCUUCCUCAUCAACAACGGCGGGUACACGAUCGAGGUGGAGAUCCACGACGGGCCGUACAACGUGAUCAAGAACUGGGACUACGUGGGGCUGGUGAGGGCCAUCCACAACGGCGAGGGCGCGUGCUGGGCCACCCGCGUGGCCUGCGAGGAGGAGCUGCGGGCGGCCAUCGCCACGGCCACGGGGGACAAGGCCCACUGCCUCUGCUUCAUCGAGGUGGUGGCGCACAAGGACGACACCAGCAAGGAGCUGCUCGAGUGGGGCUCCAGGGUCUGCGCCGCCAACUCCAGGCCACCCAACCCGCAGUAGCGUAGCUACCUACCAUUUCUUUACUCUUGCUAUAUAGUAUUUCCAUGACCAUAAAUAAUAAAAUAAAAGCUCGUAUUGAUUGGGAACAAAUUGAAUAACCCUCACCAAAUACAGCACACGCAUGUUUGGUCCGAUACCAAAUCGGCUGAUGAAAUAAUUAUUUAUAUGGCAUACAAAACAGAAUCAGUAUUAUCUAACCGAUUGAUAAAAAUACUUUCUCAAAUUGGUAGCUCAAACAUAAUGAAACUUAAAGUUAUCCAUCUUAGUGCACAUGUCCACUGAAUUUUGUAUA